AUGGGCUUAGCUUUGAGGCAAACCCAGCGCUCCUUUUAUAGCCAACUAGAUGGCAAUGCCAAGGCUGACUACGAGUUAGACUUUAUACACGACCGGGUGCGAGAAAUACUGGCCGCGGACGCACGGCCCAAUGGCGUCGCCGACCACGCGCACCACUCUGCUUCCCAAGUUCGGAUGACGAGAAUCAAAGUUGAGGAGAUACUGAUGAUAGUGCAAGAAUCAGAUCCAACAUAUGCUCAGGCCGCGCUAAGCGUUCUUAUCAUCAACGGAUGGGCCCUAGUGGGCCCUGUAAUGAUUAUGUCACGGGAAGAAUAA